UUUAGACUGUCAGGAUGUCUUGUGGGAAUUAUUCUGUCUCUCUCUGGGAGUAUGAUACAAAUGAUUUGUGGACAUUUUCCUCUUUGGAUUCAGUGGAUGAGCUUGCUGACAGGUUAUUUUUCUGCCAUGGAUAACACCACAACCCUGCUCCGAGUAGGUACAUGUGCAGUGAGCGACAGCUAGGAGAGCAGUUCAGGGCACGAGCCAAAGGCGCACACACCCACUAGCAGAGACUGCAUUAUUCAGCGGAUCCUCUUCUCUACGCUUCCUCUGGGCCAGUGACUCACCCCUGUGCACCUCUUGCUGAGCCAUUAUUACCAUGGAAACCCCGAGCCAGAAACGCACCAGCCGCGGAGCCGUCUCCCCGACCCGCAUCACCAGGCUGCAGGAGAAGGAGGAUCUGUGCAACCUCAAUGACCGGCUGGCUGUCUACAUCGACAAGGUUCGCUCGCUGGAGUCGGAAAAUGCCGUACUGCGCCUGAAGAUCACAGAGUCGGAGUCCUCAACCAGCCGAGAUUUGUCGGGCAUGAAGGCGGCCUAUGAGGCAGAGCUGGCCGACGCCCGAAAAACCCUGGACCAGGUGGCGAAGGAGCGAGCACGCCUGCAGCUAGAGCUGGGCAAGAUCAGGGAGGAGCACAAGGAGCUCAAAGCCAGAAACACCAAGAAGGAGUCUGACCUGGAGGCGGCUCUGGUCAGGCUGAGGGACCUGGAGGCCCUGCUGAACUCUAAAGAUGCUUCCCUUUCCACCGCCAUGGGGGAGAAGCGGGCCCUGGAGGCCGAGGUGAAGGACCUCAAGGCCCAGCUGGCCAAGUUGGAAGGAAGCUUAGCCGAUGCCAAGAGGCAGCUGCAGGAUGAGAUGCUGAGGAGAGUGGACGCCGAGAACCGCCUGCAGACCGUGAAGGAGGAACUGGAGUUCCAGAAGAACAUCUACAACGAGGAGCUGCGUGAGUCCAAGCGCCGGCACGAGACCCGCAUGGUGGAGAUUGACAGCGGGCGGCAGCAGGAGUUUGAGAGCAAGCUGGCUGACGCCCUGGCCGACCUGAGAGCCCAACACGAGGAGCAGGUCCGCCUGUACAAGGAGGAGAUCGAGAAGACCUACGAUGCUAAGCUGGAGAACGCUCGUCAUUCAGCUGACAGGAACAGCCACUUGGUGGGAGCAGCUCACGAAGAGCUGCAGCAGACCCGUGUUCGACUGGAGGGCAUGUCAGGCCAGCUCAGCAUGCUGCAGAAACAGCUCUCAGCGAGCGAGGCCAAGGUGCGCGAGCUGGAGGAGGCUCUGUCGAGGGAGCGGGACCUGAUGCGGCGGCGGCUGGAGGAUAAGGAGCGUGAGAUGGCCGAUAUCCGAGCUCGGAUGCAGCAGCAGCUGGACGACUACCAGGAGCUGCUGGACAUCAAGCUGGCCCUGGACAUGGAGAUUCAUGCUUACAGGAAGCUGCUGGAGGGAGAGGAGGAGAGGCUGCGUCUGUCACCCGGCACUCAAGCCAAGGUCACAGUGGCACGCACCUCCGGCUCAAGCCACAGCCACACCAGCCGCUUGGUUCACUCCUCCGGCUCAGGCCACAGCCACACCAGCCGUCUCGCCCACGCUUCCGGCUCCGGCGGUGCCGUUGGCACUGCCACCGCUUCCAGCAGCCGCAACUCCUCUGGUACAGCCAGUGCGAAGAAGCGCCGCCUCAAUGACAAUGAAAGCGAGACCUCCAGCGUUGCGGGGGGCACUGUGACCAAGACUCGUAUUAGUCAGCACGCCUCAGCCAGCGGCCGCAUCACCGUGGAUGAGGUUGACCUGGAGGGCAAGUACGUCCGUCUCAGCAACAAGGCUGACGAGGAUCAAUCUCUGGGCAACUGGCAGGUGAAGAGACAAGUAGGUAGUGCCACACCUAUCGUCUACAAGUUCCCCCACAAGUUCAAUCUGAAGGCCGGAGGAACUGUCACCAUCUGGGCUGCAUCUGGCGGUGCAACCCACAACCCCCCUAGUGACCUGGUGUGGAAGAGCCAGAACUCGUGGGGCACCGGCGACCUCCUGCAGACCUCCCUCAUCAGCGCCAACGGAGAGGAGAUGGCCAUGAGGAAGGUGACACGCACCCUGUUCACUGAUGAUGAUGAUGACGACAUGGGAGCGCACAGCACGAGCGGUGUAGACAACGAGUACAACCUGCGGAGUCGCACGGUGAUCUGCGACUCCUGCGGGCAGCCGUCAGAACGCGGAGGUUCUUGUGGCAGCGGAGGUCUUGAAGGCCUCGUGGGACAUUCCUUUUUCAUGGGGACCAAUGAGCCCAGACAGGGUCGUGCCAAGCCGGAGAACUGCUCCGUCAUGUAAAAACCAGACAGCACCUCACCUGAACCCACCACCACCUCCUGUAGCCCAUAUAGGAGAAUAAUAAUGUCCUACCAUUGGGUUGUUUGUCUUUAUUUUUUUUUAUAUGGUCUUAUUUUUUUGUAUUCAGAUUAAUCUGCAGGUUAGAGUUGCUUUGAGGUUUUUUGGGCGGAGGGCACAGGAUUUUCAUAUUUAGCUUUUUGAGUUUGUGUAUUCAAGGUAUGUUAUUGCAUGUGUGCCGUGCUAAUGCUUGUUCUGCUCUUCUUGCACAGUCUCUCUCUCACACACACGCACAGACACACACACGCACACACACAGCUCCAUUGACCAGUGCUUGUGCUUGGAUCCGAGGCGGGGUUUCACAUUUAAUGGCCAGGCUGUCAACACUCAACACGCACAGCUAGUGAACCCUGUCAGGAGAAGGUCUCUACAGUCGACAGGAAAAUGAAUCCUGUGGGGUUUGUUGAUAACGUUUGUCGCCCACUGAAUUGAUCAAAUGUUUAUGGAAGGUGAUGUUUACAUUUGAAAUUUAUUUUCCUCAUUUUGGGAUAGUAUUGUUGUAUCUUUAUAUGAAAAUACAUUUAAAUAAUUUUUUUGUUUGAUAAACUAUGUUGGAAAAGUCUCCAAAGAAAGCCAAAGUACUUUAAGCUCAGGGCGUUCAGCAGGUUGUGUUUCACCUUUAGCCUUAGUCGUAGUGUUUUUUCUAUGUGGAUUUAGAUCGCAUGGUUGAGCUGCAAUGGUGCACACAGAGAGAAAAAUAAUUAUCUGAGAUGAAUAUAUUUUUUUCUGCAAUUCACAGCUCGACCCCAGAGGGAUGUAUUUGGUUCUUGAAAGUGUGUGGAAAUAAGGAAUUACUGUCUGCUGGAUAAUAUACCCAGACAUAAAUGUGUAUCUCAGUUUGAUUUAAAUGUGUUGCCUUAUUGAGUAACUCCAAAGAUGUUUUGUCAUGAUGAUAGGAAAAUGUUUUCUACGUGGGGGAGAUAUCAGGAACAGGUACUAUAUUUUGAGUCUUUACUGGUGCCAUAGAUACAGUAUAUAUUUGUAGGAUUUCUCAGCUUACUCAACCACAUUAAGAUUAUUCUGAUAGUGAGCUGCAGCAGUAGUUUUUGGGAACAUUUUAACAAGCUUUUUUACAGAUUAUAAAAAACAAGAAAAAAAAAAGACUGCCUUCAGAGGACGGAGAGUAACAAUCACUGUUCUCUGGGCACAUGCCUCCGAUCACAGUCUUGUGACUGUCAGCUAUCCUCUGGUUUGUGUUGCUCCUAAAAAACUGGUCAUAAGGGCUUUUUUUUUUUCUUCCUUUCCGCUUAAGCUUACUGGCUUUGCAAAUCCCCAGGCAUGAUUUUGGGAUCUGAGCAGGAUUGUUGGGGGGCGGGGGGGUUCUAUACUUUGUGACUUUGGCUUCAUGCACUGCUUUUAUCGAGGGCCUCUCCAAAUAUGCACAGCAGGUAGAUUUGUACUGUAGUCUGGCAGCUUAAGUCAUUUAUACUCCAGUGGAAAGCAUAUCAAAGCAUUUACGGGAAAUACUUGAUAGCUGUUUUUGAUAUUUUUCUCUGUAUUGUACUUCAUAGAUGGUAUUUCUGCCACAUUAGAUUAUUUUUUUUUU